AUGUUUACAGUUAGAUGCAAUGCCCCAUUCACCCUUACAUCUACCGUUAUACUCAACGUUACACUCAUCGUUACACUCGCCUUAACGCCCACCGUUACACUCACCGUUACGCUCGCCCUAACACCCACCGUAACACCCAUCGUAACAACCACAGUUACACUCACCGUUACCCUCGCCCUAAAGCUCACCGAUAUAUGCACCGUUACACUCACCGUUACACUCGCCGUUUCACUCGCCGUUACACUCACCGUUACACUCACCGUUACACCCACAGUAACACUCACCGUUAUUCUCGCCGUUACACUCACCGUUAUACUCCCAGUUACACUCACCGUUAUACUCAACGUUACCCUCGCCGUUACACUCACCGUUAUACUCACAGUUACACUCACCCAUUACACUCACCAUUAUACUCGCCGUUACACUUACAGUUAUACUCGCCGUUACACUUACAGUUAUACUCGCCGUUACACAUACAGUUAUACUCACAGUUACACUCGCCGUUACACUCACCGUUAUACUCACCGUCAAACUAACACUUAUCCUCGCCGUUACACUCGCGGUUACAAUCACCGUUACACUCGCCGUCACACUCACCGUUACACUCGUCCUACUUCCAACCGUUACUCUCACCGUUACACUCGCUCUUACACCCACCGUUGCACUCACCGUGACACUUCCGUUACACUCACCGUUACACUCACAGUUACACUCACAGUUACACUCACAGUUACACUCACCGUUACACUCACAGUUAAACUUUCCGUUACAUUCACCGUUACACUAACCGUUACACUUAACGCUAAACUCGCCCUAACACCCACCGUUACACUCACCGUUACCCUCGCCCUAAUACCCACCGUUACACUCUCCGUUAAACUCGCCGUCACACUCAUAGUUACACUCAGAGUUACACUCUCCGUUAUACUCACCGUUACACUUACCGUUACACUCAACGUUAUACUCGCCCUAACACCAACCGUUACACUCACCGUUACCCUCGCCCUAACACCCACCGUUACACUUAACGUAACACCCACCGUUACAUUUGCCCUAACACCCACCGUUAAUCUCACAGUUACACUCGCCGUCACACUGACCGUUACACUCGCCCUAACACCCACCGUUACACUCAACGUCACACCCUGCGUUACACUCACCGUUACGCCCGCCCUUAAACCCACCGUUACACUCACCGUUAUACUCGUUUUUACACUCGCCGUUACACUCACCGUUACACUCGCCGUGACACUCACAGUUAUACUCACCGUCACACGCACAGUUACAUUCUCCCUUACACUCGCCGUUUCACUCACAUUUAUACUCACCGAUACACUCAAACUAGUACUCGCCGUUACACCCAUAGUUACACUCACCGUUACACUCACAGUUACACUCACUGUUAUACUCUCCGUUACACUCUCCGUUACACUCCCCGUCACACUCAGAGUCACACUCAAAGUUACACUUACAGUUACACUCUCCGUUACACUCACCGUUACAUUCAACGUUACACCCUCCGUUUCACCCUCCGUAAAACUCGCUCUAACACCCACUGUUACGCUCACCGUAACACUUACCGUUACACUCACAGUUACAAUUUCCGUUACACUCCCCGUUACACUCGCCGUCACACUCACAGUUACACUCUCCGUUACACUCGCCGUCACACUCGCCAUCACAUUCACAGUUACUCAUUCCGUUACACUCACCAUUACACAUACUGUUACACUCACCGUUAUACUCAGCGUUAUACUCACCGUUACACUCACCGUUACACUCACGGUUACACUCAUAGUAAUGCUCGUCUUUACCCUCACCGUUACACUAACAGUUAUACUCACCGUUAUACUCAACGUUACCCGUACCGUUACUCUCACCGUUAUGCUCACUGUUACACUCACCGUUAUGCUCACUGUUACAUUCACCGUUACACGCACAGUUAUACUGACUGUUACACUCACCGUUGUACUCCUCGUCACACUCACACUUAUACUCGCCAUUACACUCACGGUUACACUCACGGUUACACUCACCGUUACACGCACCGUUACACCCACCGUUACACUGACCGUUAUUCUCACCGUUACACACACCUUUACACUUAAUGUUAUACUCACCGUUACACACACUAUUAUACUCGCCGUUACACUUACAGCUAUACUCGCCGUUACACAUACAGUUAUACUCACCGUUACACUAACAGUUACAGUCUCCGUUACACUCUCCGUUACACUCGCCGUCACAAUCGCCCUUACACCCACCGUUACACUAAACGUUACACCCACCGUUACAUUCGCACUAACACACACCGUUAAUCUCACAGUUACACUUGCAGUCACACUGAAUGUUACACUCACCGUUACAUUCGCCCUAACACCUACCGUUACACUCACCGUUACACUCACCACUACACUCUCCGUUAUACACUCCGUUACACUCUCUGUUACACUCGCCGUUACACACGCCGUCACACUCAACGUUACACCCACCGUUACUCUCACCGUUACAUUCAGUAUUACACUCACAGUUACACUCGACGUCACACUCACCGUUACACCCAUUGUAACACAAACCGUUACACCAACCGUUACCCUCAACGUUACACUCGCCGUCACACUGACAGUUACACUCACCGUUACACUCACCGUUACACCCUGCGUUACACUUACCGUUACGCCCGCCCUUAUACCCACCGUUACACUCACCGUUAUACUCACCGUUACACUCACAGUUAUACUCAUUGUUACACUCGCCGUUUCACUCACCGUUACAAUCGCCGUUACACUCACCGUUAUACUCACUGUCACACUCACACUUAUAGUCACCGUUGCACUCGCCGUUACACUCACCGUAUCACUCGCCGUGACACUCACAAGUAUACUCACCGUCACACUCACAGUUACAUUCUCCCUUACACUCGCCGUUUCACUCACAUUUAUACUCACCGAUACACUCACAGUAAUACUCGCCGUUACACUCACAAUAUCACUCACCGUUACACUCACCGUUACACUCACCGUUACACUCACCUUCAAACUCACAGUUAUACUCGCAGUUACUCUCACCGUUAUGCUCGCCGUUACACUCACUGUUACACACACCGUUACACUCGCCCUAACACCCUGCUUUACUCUCACAGUUACACUCGCAGUCAUACUCACCGUUACACUCGUCCUACUACCCACUGUUACUCUCACCGUUACAAUCGCUCUAACACCCACCGUUACACUCACAGUGACACUUCCAGUUACACUCACAGUUACACUCACAGUUACACUCACAGUUACUCUAUCCGUUACACUCACCGUUACACUCAACGUUAUACCCACCGUUACCAUUACCGUUACACACUCCGUUACACUCGCUCUAACACCCACCGUUGCACUCAUUGUUACACUCACAGUUACACUCACCGUUACACUUACCGUUACACUCACAGUUACAAUUUCCGUUACACUCGCCGUCAUACUCACCGUUACACUCCCCGUUACACUCGCCGUUACACUCACAGUUACACUCUCCGUUACACUCGCCGUUACACUCGCCGUCAAACCCACCGUUACACUCACCGUGGCACUUCCGUUACACUUCCGUUAA